CAUCGAGGGACGUCCCUGCUGUCUCCUGGUGGGAACUUCCUGGCACUAGGUGUCUGUCCAGAUCAGGAGCUCUGGCUGGGGCAUCGCCCUGAGAAGCAGCAUGGAGCAACCUAACAGAGAGGGCUACAACCCAGGAAGAAGCCCUCAGGGCCCAGAGGGCAGUGGUACUCCUGCAGGCCAAGAUUGUAGUCUGAGAGACCUAGAGCACAACCUGGAGAGGAUUCUUCUGGGACCAGAUUCUGGGUUGGAGAAGCUUCCUCCAAGCCCUGAGCCCAAGACCCCACCUUUACCCCUGCCCCUGGAUCCACCCAUGACCUCAGAUUUGGGGCAGCCCCAGAAGUUGCCCCUGACAGGCACUGAUAAGAAGUACCCUCUGAUGAAGCAGCGUGGGUUCUACUCUGACAUCCUCAGCCCUGGAAGCUUGGAUAAACUUGGGAAAGUAUGUCGUGGUCCCUGCGUGAACCAGGACCUUCUGCGGCAGGCCGACUUGGAUAAGUUCACCCCAAAAGUCAGAACAUUUGAGGUUCCUGAGGACUUUGAGGAGCGCCUGGAGCAUCAGCGCAUUGGGUCCACCACCAAGCUGCUCACCCAGACUGACUUCCCACUGCAGGCCUACGAGCCCAAGGUGCAGGUGCCCUACCUGGUGCUGCCGGGCCAGUGCCCCCGCAAGAUUGAGAUUGAGAGGAGGAAGCGGCUGUACCUGAGUCUGGAUAUCGAGCAGUUGCUGGCCAGUGAGGGCAUCGACUCUGACAAGCUCAUGCCCAGGCACCCCGACCCCCACAACCCCCAGACCAUCGAGCAAGGUCAUGACCCGCUCUUCCCUGUCUAUCUCCCACUGAAGGUAUUUGACAAUGAGGAGUUUGACUGCCGGACUCCCAGUGAGUGGAUCAACAUGGGAUUGGAGCCGGGGUCUCAGAACAGGAAACCUGUCCCUGGAAAAGCCCUCCUGCCCACCGAUGACUUCCUGGGGCAUGAGGACCCUAAGAGUCAAAAGCUGAAAUACAAAUGGUGCAAUGUUGGCGUCCUGGACUAUGACAAGGAGAAGAAGCUAUACCUGGUGCACAAGACAAAUGAUGAUGGUUUGGUGCGAGAUGACAUGGGGAAGCCCAUUCUGAAUGGAGGGGUCACCACUGAAGGAAGGCCGCCCCUCCUGAUCUGCCAGUACUGGGUGCCAAGGAUUCAGCUUCUCUUUUGUGCUGAGGACCCACGUGUGUUCACACAACGUGUGGUCCAGGCCAGCGCCCUGCGCAAGAACACAGAGGCACUGCUGCUAUACAACCUGUAUGUGGACUGCAUGCCCUCUGAGGGCCAGCGGCUUAUCAGUGAGCAGAGCCUGAGCAAGAUCAAGCAGUGGGCCAUGAGCACGCCCCGGAUGCGCAAAGGACCCUCGGUUCUGGAGCACCUCAGCAGUCUGUGCAGAGAAGUGAGCCUGGACUAUGAGCGCAGCAUGAACAAGAUCAACUUUGAUAAAAUUGUCUCCUCCAAGCCUGAGACAUUCUCCUAUGUGACCCUGCCUGAGAAGGAGGAGGAGAAGGUGCCCAGGCAAGGGUUGGUGAGUGUCCCCAAGUACCCCUUCCGGGAACAGAAGGCAGACUUCACCUUUGUAUCCCUGCUUACACGGUCGGAGGUCAUCACAGCCCUCAGCAAGGUGCGGGCCGAGUGCAACAAGGUGACUGCCAUGUCCCUGUUCCAUUCAAGCCUCUCCAAGUACAGCCGUCUGGAGGAGUUUGAGCAAAUUCAGUCACAGACCUUCUCCCAGGUGCAGAUGUUCCUCAAGGACAGCUGGAUCAGCACACUCAAGGUGGCCAUGCGCAGCAGCCUGCGUGACAUGAGCAAGGGAUGGUACAACCUGUACGAGACCAACUGGGAGGUAUACCUCAUGUCGAAGCUGCGCAAGCUGAUGGAGCUGCUCAAGUACAUGCUGCAGGACACGCUGCGCUUCCUGGUGCAGGACUCGCUCGCCAGCUUCUCGCAGUUCAUCAGUGAUGCCUGCUGCAGUGUGCUGGACUGCACCGACGACAUGGUCUGGGGUGAAGACUUAAUCAUCAGCCCCUACAGGCCACGGAAGAAUCCCCUUUUCAUCGUGGACCUAGUGCUGGACACCUCAGGGGUGCACUACAGCACGCCGCUGGAGCAGUUUGAAACUUCUCUGCUCAACCUCUUUGACAAGGGCAUCCUGGCCACCCACGCGGUGCCCCAGCUGGAGAAGCUGGUGAUGGAGGACAUCUUCAUCAGCGGCAACCCCCUGCUGGAGUCGGUGGGGCUUCAUGAGCCGCUGGUGGAGGAGCUACGGGCCAUCAUCGCCAACGCUAUCUGCAAGGCCAUGAUCCCACUGCAGGCCUACGCCAAGGAGUACAGGAAGUACCUGGAGCUAAACAACAAUGAUGUGGCCACUUUCCUCAAGGCCUCCCAGAUGCAGUGCCCGUCAGCUGAGGAGGUGCGGGAGGUGGUGCUCACCCACCUGCAGGAGAAGGAGGUCCUGGACAGCUCGCUGCCCAGCAGCAUCAUCAUUGGGCCCUUCUACAUCAAUGUUGACAACGUCAAGCAGAGCCUGUCCAAGAAGUGCAAGGCCCUGGCCACUUCCAUGCUGGACAUCCUGGCCAAGAACCUGCACAAGGAGGUGGAUGAUAUUUGUGAGGAGUUCCGCAGCAUCAGCCGCAAGAUCUAUGAGAAGCCCAACAGCAUCGAGGAGCUGGCUGAGCUCCGUGAGUGGAUGAAGGGCAUCCCGGAGAAACUGGUGGGGCUAGAGGAGCGAAUCAUGAAGAUCAUGGACGACUACCAGGUCAUGGAUGAAUUCCUUUACAACCUCAGCACAGAUGACUUCAAUGACAAAUGGGCUGCCAGCAAUUGGCCUGCUAAGAUCCUCGGACAGAUAGAGAUGGUGCGGCAGCAGCACAUUGAAGAUGAGGAGAAGUUCCGGAAAAUCCAGAUCAUGGAUCAGAACAACUUCCAGGAGAAACUAGAAGGGCUGCAGCUGGUGGUAGCUGGCUUCUCCACCCACGUGGAGAUUGUGCGAGCACAUGAGAUCGCCAAUGAGGUGCGACGGGUCAAGAAGCAGCUGAAAGAUUGCCAGCAGCUGGCGAUGCUCUACAACAACCGCGAGCGCAUCUUUGGCUUGCCCAUCACCAAUUAUGACAAGCUCUCCAGGAUGGUGAAGGAGUUCCAGCCCUACCUGGACCUCUGGACCACAGCCUCCGACUGGCUGCGCUGGUCUGAGAGCUGGAUGAAUGACCCCCUGUCAGCCAUUGACGCGGAGCAGCUGGAGAAAAAUGUCAUCGAGUCCUUCAAGACAAUGCACAAGUGCGUGAAGCAGUUCAAGGAUGUCCCAGCCUGCCAGGACGUGGCCUUAGAUAUCCGGGCCCGCAUCGAGGAGUUCAAGCCAUACAUCCCGCUGAUCCAGGGGCUGCGCAACCCUGGCAUGAGGAACAGGCACUGGGACGUGCUGUCCAAUGAGAUUAACAUUAAUGUCAGGCCUAAGGCCAACCUGACCUUCGCCCGCUGUCUUGAGAUGAACCUGCAGGACCAUAUCGAGAGCAUCAGCAAGGUGGCCGAGGUGGCCGGCAAGGAGUAUGCCAUCGAGCAGGCACUGGACAAGAUGGAGAAGGAGUGGUCUACCAUCCUGUUCAAUGUGAUGCCCUACAAGGAGACAGAGACCUACAUCCUCAAGAGCCCAGAUGAGGCCUCACAGCUGCUCGAUGACCACAUCGUCAUGACCCAGAGCAUGUCCUUCUCGCCCUACAAGACGCCCUUCGAGCAGCGCAUCAACUCCUGGGAGAACAAGCUGAAGCUGACCCAGGAAGUACUGGAGGAGUGGCUGAACUGUCAGCGGGCUUGGCUCUACCUGGAGCCCAUCUUCAGCUCUGAGGACAUCAACCGACAGUUGCCAGUGGAGAGCAAGCGCUACCAGACAAUGGAGCGCAUCUGGAGGAAGAUCAUGAAGAAUGCCUACGAGAACCGGGAGGUGAUCAAUGUGUGCUCUGAUCAGAGGCUGCUGGACAGCUUGCGGGACUGCAACAAGCUGCUGGACAUGGUGCAGAAGGGCCUCAGCGAAUACUUGGAGACCAAGCGGAGCGCCUUCGCCAGAUUCUACUUCCUGUCUGAUGAUGAGCUACUAGAGAUCUUGUCCCAGGCGAAGGACCCCACAGCCGUGCAGCCCCACCUGCGCAAGUGCUUCGAGAACAUUGCCCAGCUGCUGUUCCAGGAGGACCUGGAGAUCACACAUAUGUACUCGGCGGAGGGUGAGGAGGUGCAGCUGUCCUUCUCCAUCUACCCAUCCAACAAUGUGGAGGACUGGCUGCGGGAGGUGGAGCACAGCAUGAAGGCCAGCGUGCGGGACAUCAUUGAGAGGGCCAUCAAGGCCUACCCCACGAUGCCCAGGACUCAGUGGGUUCUGAACUGGCCUGGCCAGGUGACCAUUGCCGGGUGCCAGACCUACUGGACCAUGGAGGUGGCAGAGGCACUGGAGGCCAGCAACCUCAGUAACCAGCUGUUUCCCCAGCUUGCCCGGCAGCUCAGUGACCUGGUGGCGCUGGUGCGGGGGAAGCUGUCCCGCAUGCAACGAGCUGUGCUGUCGGCCUUAAUCGUCAUCGAGGUCCACGCCAAGGAUGUGGUAUACAAGCUGAUCCAGGAGAACGUGGUCAGUGUGAAUGACUUUGAGUGGAUCUCUCAGCUAAGGUACUACUGGACCAAUAACAACCUGUACAUCCGGGCUGUGAAUGCCGAGUUCAUCUAUGGCUAUGAGUACCUAGGCAACAGUGGGAGGCUGGUGAUCACGCCCCUCACAGACAGGUGCUACCUGACCUUGACUGGGGCCCUGCACCUCAAGUUUGGGGGUGCCCCCGCUGGCCCGGCUGGUACAGGGAAAACUGAGACCACCAAAGACCUGGGCAAGGCCUUGGCCAUCCAGACCGUUGUGUUCAACUGCUCCGAUCAGCUCGACUUCAUGGCCAUGGGCAAGUUCUUCAAGGGCCUGGCCAGUGCUGGAGCCUGGGCUUGCUUUGAUGAGUUCAAUCGCAUUGAUAUCGAGGUGCUAUCUGUGGUGGCACAGCAGAUCACCACCAUCCAGAAGGCACAGCAGCAGCGGGUGGAACGCUUCAUGUUUGAAGGUGUUGAGAUCCCACUUGUGCCCUCCUGCGCAGUGUUUAUCACCAUGAACCCGGGGUAUGCCGGCCGCACUGAGCUGCCCGAUAACCUGAAGGCGCUCUUCCGGCCCGUGGCCAUGAUGGUUCCAGAUUAUGCCAUGAUCGCUGAGAUCUCCCUCUACUCCUUUGGCUUCAGUGAGGCCAAUGUGCUGGCCAAGAAAAUCACUACCACCUUCAAGCUGUCCUCAGAGCAGCUCAGUUCCCAGGAUCACUAUGACUUUGGGAUGAGAGCUGUGAAGACCGUGAUCUCGGCUGCCGGAAACCUCAAGCGAGAAAACCCCAGCAUGAACGAGGAGCUGAUUUGCCUCCGGGCCAUCAGAGAUGUGAAUGUGCCCAAGUUCCUGCAGGAGGACCUCAGACUCUUCUCUGGGAUCGUGUCUGAUCUGUUCCCCACCAUCAAGGAGGAGGAGACUGACUACGGCAUCCUGGAAAAGGCCAUUCGCAAGGCCUGCGAGAAGAACAAUCUCAAGGACGUGGACGGCUUCCUGACCAAGUGCAUCCAGCUCUAUGAGACCACUGUGGUGCGGCAUGGCCUCAUGCUCGUCGGGCCCACGGGCUCUGGCAAGAGUAAUUGUUACAGGGUCCUGGCAGCUGCCAUGACAUUGCUGAAAGGACAGCCAUCCAUCAGCGGCGGUGUGUACGAGGCCGUCAACUACUACGUGCUCAACCCCAAGUCCAUCACGAUGGGCCAGCUGUAUGGGGAGUUUGAUCUGCUCACCCACGAGUGGACGGAUGGGAUCUUCUCCUCCCUGAUCCGGGCAGGGGCCAUCGCCUCCGACACCAACAAGAAAUGGUACAUGUUUGAUGGGCCAGUGGACGCCGUCUGGAUUGAGAACAUGAACACAGUGCUGGACGACAACAAGAAGCUGUGCCUCAGCUCCGGGGAGAUCAUCAAGCUCACCGAGGCGAUGACCAUGAUGUUUGAGGUGCAGGACCUGGCGGUGGCCUCCCCAGCCACAGUGUCCCGCUGCGGUAUGGUGUACCUGGAGCCCAGCAUCCUGGGACUCAUGCCCUUUGUCGAGUGCUGGUUGAGGCGUCUCCCUGCCUUACUCAAGCCCUUUGAGGAACAGUUCAAGGCCCUCUUUGUCAGCUUCCUGGAGGCAUCCAUCGCUUUUGUUCGGUUGUCAGUGAAGGAGGUGAUCACCUCAACCAAUAGCAACCUGACCAUGAGUCUUCUCAAACUGCUGGACUGUUUCUUCAAACCUUUUCUGGCCAAAGAGGGCCUCAAGAAAUUACCUCCCGAAAAGCUGAGUCGCAUCCCAGAGCUGAUCGAGCCUUGGUUCAUCUUCUCCCUAGUCUGGAGUGUGGGUGCCACGGGGGACGGCUCCAGCCGCAUGGGCUUCAGCCACUGGCUCAGAAUCAAGAUGAGAAUAGAGAAUCUGACCUUGCUCUUCCCGGAGGAGGGGCUGGUGUUCGAUUACAGGCUAGAGGAUGGUGGCAUCAGCAGCACCAAUGACGAUGAGGAUGAAGAUGAGGAGGGCAGACAGGUUGCCUGGGUAAAGUGGAUGGAACCCUCAGCUUCGUUCACCAUAAUGCCAGAUACAAGCUACUGCGACAUCAUCGUGCCGACCAUGGACACCAUGCAGAUGUCCUACCUGCUGGACAUGCUACUCACCAACCACAAGCCUGUGCUGUGCAUUGGGCCAACGGGCACAGGAAAGACCCUCACCAUCUCCAACAAGCUUCUCAAGAAACUGCCGCUGGAAUAUGUCAGCCACUUCCUCACCUUCUCUGCCCGCACUUCAGCCAACCAAACCCAGGACCUCAUCGACAGCAAGCUGGACAAGAGGCGGAAGGGUGUGUUCGGGCCGCCCCUGGGGCGUAACUUCAUCUUCUUUAUCGAUGACCUGAACAUGCCGGCCUUGGAGACAUAUGGCGCCCAGCCACCCAUUGAGUUAUUGCGCCAGUGGAUGGACCAUGGCGGCUGGUAUGACCGCAAGAUCAUUGGAGCCUUCAAGAACCUGGUGGACAUCAACUUUAUCUGUGCCAUGGGCCCCCCCGGUGGAGGCAGGAAUGCCAUCACCCCACGGCUUACCCGCCACUUCAAUUACCUGUCCUUUGCUGAGAUGGACGAGGUCAGCAAGAAGCGCAUCUUCUCCACCAUCCUGGGCAGUUGGAUGGAUGGACUUCUUGGAGAAAAGAGUUACCGGGAGCCCGUAUCUGGGGCCCCCAACAUCGCCCACUUCACGGAUCCCCUCGUGGAAGCCACCAUCAAUGUGUACUCCACCAUCACCUCCCAGCUUCUGCCUACCCCGGCCAAGUCCCACUACACCUUCAACCUGAGGGACCUCUCCAAGGUCUUCCAGGGCAUGCUCAUGGCUGACCCGGCCAAGGUUGAGGACGAGGUGCAGCUGCUGCGCCUGUGGUACCAUGAGAACUGCCGCGUGUUCCGUGAUCGCCUGGUGAAUGAGGAGGACCGCAGCUGGUUCGACAAGCUCCUGGAGAGCCACAUGGAGCAGUGGGAGGUGGCCUUCGAAGAGGUCUGCCCCUUCCAGCCCAUCCUCUAUGGGGACUUCAUGUCGCCAGGCUCCGACGUCAAGUCCUACGAGCUCAUCACCAGCGAGAAGAAAAUGAUGCAGGUGAUCGAGGAGUACAUGGAGGACUACAACCAGAUCAACACAGCCAAGUUGAGGCUGGUCCUCUUCAUGGACGCCAUGAGCCACAUCUGCCGCAUCAGCCGCACCCUGCGCCAGGCACUGGGCAAUGCGCUUCUGCUGGGCGUGGGCGGCAGCGGCCGCAGCUCCCUCACGCGGCUGGCCUCCCACAUGGCCGAGUACGAGUGCUUCCAGAUUGAGCUGUCCAAGAACUAUGGCAUGACUGAGUGGCGUGAUGAUGUCAAGAAGGUCUUGCUCAAGGCUGGUCUGCACAGCCUGCCCAUCACCUUCCUGUUCUCAGAUACCCAGAUCAAGAAUGAGUCUUUCCUGGAAGACAUCAACAAUGUCCUGAACUCAGGUGACAUUCCCAACCUCUACACUUUGGAUGAGCAGGACCAGAUUGUCAACACCAUGCGGCCCUACAUCCAGGAACAGGGCCUGCAGCCCACCAAGGCCAACCUCAUGGCCGCCUACACCAGGCACAUACGCAGCAACAUCCACGUGGUGCUGUGCAUGAGGUACAGGCGGCUGUCACAGCCACACAGGGACAACGGGUUGAGCAGGGCUGCAGCUGGACCCGACACCGGGGGAUGUGGCCUGGGCCUGGCCACCAUGCCCUUGGGUCCAGGCUGCUGUGCUACUGUGUUCCAGCAGCCCUGGGUCCUGGUUCCUGGGGGUGUAAGUCAGGGUCUUGGGGCCUCAUUUAGACCCCGAUCCCGCAGCCCCAUUGGAGAGGCCUUCCGAGCUCGCCUGAGGCAGUUCCCCUCCCUGGUCAACUGCUGCACCAUCGAUUGGUUUAAUGAGUGGCCAGCAGAGGCCCUGGAGUCUGUGGCCACCACGUUCCUGAAUGAGAUCCCGGAGCUGGAAGCCUCCUCCAAAAUAACUGAAGGACUGAUUCAAGUGUGUGUGUAUAUCCACCAAUCGGUGGCCAAGAAGUGUGUCGAGUACCUGGCUGAGCUGGCCCACCACAACUAUGUGACCCCCAAGAGCUACCUGGAACUGCUCAAUAUUUUCUCCAUCCUCAUCAGGCAGAAGAAACAGGAGCUGAAAACUGCCAAGAACCGCAUGAAGAGUGGCCUUGACAAGCUGCUACGCACUUCAGAGGAUGUGGCCAAGAUGCAGGAGGAGCUGGAGGUUGUGCGCCCCCUGCUGGAGGAGGCUGCCAAGGACACCACACUCACCAUGGAGCAGAUCAAGAUGGACACAACCAUUGCUGAGGAGACCCGGAAUUCAGUGCAAGCAGAAGAGAUCAAAGCAAAUGAGAAGGCCAGGAAGGCACAAGCUAUCGCCGACGAUGCCCAGAAGGAUCUAGAUGAGGCUCUGCCAGCCCUGGAUGCUGCCCUGGCCAGCCUGCGCAACCUCAACAAGAAUGAUGUGACUGAGGUACGUGCCAUGCAGCGGCCACCCCCAGGUGUGAAGCUGGUCAUAGAAGCUGUGUGCAUCAUGAAGGGCAUCAAGCCGAAGAAGGUCCCUGGAGAAAAGCCUGGCACCAAGGUGGAUGACUACUGGGAGCCAGGCAAGGGGCUGCUUCAGGACCCCGGCCGAUUCCUGGAGAACCUCUUCAAGUUCGACAAGGACAACAUUGGGGAGACGGUGAUCAAAGCCAUCCAGCCGUAUAUUGACAAUGAAGAGUUCCAGCCAGCCGCCAUUGCCAAGGUGUCCAAGGCCUGCACCUCCAUCUGCCAGUGGGUGCGCGCCAUGCACAAAUAUCACUUUGUGGCCAAGGCUGUGGAGCCCAAGCGGCAAGCCCUGCGAGAGGCCCAGGAUGAUCUGGAGGUGACACAGAGGAUCCUAGAGGAGGCAAAGCAGCGCCUGCAUGAGGUGGAGGACGGCAUUGCCACGAUGCAGGCCAAGUACCGAGAGUGCAUUGCUAAGAAGGAGGAGCUGGAGCUCAAGUGUGAGCAGUGCGAGCAGCGGCUGGGCCGCGCUGACAAGCUCAUCAAUGGGCUGUCAGACGAGCGGGUGCGCUGGCAGGAGACGGUGGAGAACCUGGAACACACGCUUGACAACAUCUUUGGAGAUGUGCUGGUGGCUGCUGGCUUUGUGGCCUACCUGGGCCCCUUCACGGGCCAAUACCGCACAGUGCUCUAUGACAGCUGGGUCAAGCAGCUCACGACCCACCACAUCCCACACACCUCGGAGCCCACGCUCAUCGGGACGCUGGGGAACCCAGUGAAGAUCCGCUCGUGGCAGAUCGCUGGCCUCCCCAAUGACACACUGUCAGUGGAGAAUGGGGUCAUCAACCAGUUCUCCCAGCGCUGGACCCAUUUCAUUGACCCUCAGAGCCAGGCUAACAAAUGGAUCAAGAACAUGGAGAAGGACAGUGGGCUGGAUGUGUUCAAGCUGAGUGACCGGGACUUCCUGCGCAGCAUGGAGAAUGCCAUCCGCUUUGGCAAGCCCUGCCUCCUAGAGAACGUGGGCGAGGAGCUGGAUCCCGCCCUGGAGCCCGUGCUGCUCAAGCAGACGUACAAACAGCAGGGGAACACAGUGCUGAAGCUGGGGGACACGGUGAUCCCCUACCACGAGGACUUCAGGAUGUAUAUCACCACUAAGCUGCCCAACCCACACUAUACACCCGAGAUCUCCACCAAGCUCACCCUCAUCAACUUCACCCUGUCGCCCAGUGGCCUAGAGGACCAGCUGCUGGGCCAGGUCGUUGCUGAGGAGCGGCCCGAUCUGGAGGAAGCCAAGAACCAGCUAAUUGUCAGUAAUGCCAAGAUGCGCCAGGAGCUAAAGGACAUUGAGGACCAGAUCCUGUACCGGCUCAGCUCCUCUGAGGGCAACCCUGUGGAUGACAUGGAGCUCAUCAAGGUGUUGGAGGCUUCCAAGAUUAAGGCUGCUGAGAUCCAGGCCAAGGUCAGGAUUGCAGAGCAGACAGAAAAGGACAUUGACCUCACGCGCAUGGAGUACAUUCCUGUGGCCGUCCGCACCCAGAUCCUCUUCUUCUGUAUGUCUGACCUGGCCAACGUGGACCCCAUGUACCAGUACUCCCUCGAGUGGUUUCUCAACAUCUUCCUCUCAGGCAUCGCCAACUCAGAGAGGGCAGACAACCUGAAGAAGCGCAUCGCUAACAUCAACCGCUACCUGACCUACAACCUCUACAGCAACAUCUGCCGCAGCCUCUUCGAGAAGCACAAGCUGAUGUUCGCCUUCCUGUUGUGUGCCCGCAUCAUGAUGAACGAGGGCAAGGUCAACCAGAGUGAGUGGCGCUACCUCCUGUCCGGGGGCUCUGUCCCGGUCAUGAGCGAGAACCCUGCCCCGGACUGGCUGUCAGACCGGGCCUGGCGAGAUGUCUUGGCACUCUCCAACCUGCCAGCCUUCUCCUCCUUCGCCCUGGACUUCGUGAAGCACCUGUCAGAAUUCCGGGCCAUCUUUGACAGCUUUGAGCCCCACCGGGAGCCCUUGCCUGGCAUCUGGAACCAGUACCUAGACCAGUUCCAGAAGCUACUGGUCCUCCGCUGUCUACGUGGUGACAAGGUUACUAACGCCAUGCAGGACUUCGUGGCCACCAACCUGGAGCCACGCUUCAUUGAGCCCCAGACAGCCAACCUAUCGGUAGUGUUCAAAGACUCCAACCCCACCACGCCCCUCAUCUUUGUGCUGUCACCUGGCACUGACCCUGCAGCUGACCUCUACAAGUUUGCCGAGGAGAUGAAGUUCUCCAAGAAGCUCUCUGCCAUCUCCCUGGGCCAGGGCCAGGGUCCUCGGGCAGAAGCCAUGAUGCGCAGCUCCAUAGAGAGGGGCAAGUGGGUCUUCUUCCAGAACUGCCACCUGGCACCGAGUUGGAUGCCAGCCCUGGAGCGUCUCAUUGAGCACAUCAAUCCCGACAAGGUGCACCGGGACUUCCGCCUGUGGCUCACCAGCCUGCCCAGCAACAAGUUCCCAGUGUCAAUUCUGCAGAACGGCUCCAAGAUGACCAUUGAGCCGCCACGUGGGGUCAAGGCCAAUCUGCUCAAGUCCUACAGCAGCCUCAGUGAUGACUUCCUCAAUUCCUGUCACAAGGUGAUGGAAUUCAAGUGCCUGCUGCUGUCUCUGUGCCUGUUCCAUGGGAACGCCCUGGAGCGUCGUAAGUUUGGGCCCCUGGGCUUCAAUAUCCCUUACGAGUUCACCGACGGGGACCUGCGCAUCUGCAUCAGCCAGCUCAAGAUGUUCCUGGAUGAGUAUGACCACAUCCCCUACAAGGUCCUCAAGUACACGGCAGGGGAGAUCAACUAUGGGGGCCGCAUCACCGACGACUGGGACCGCCGCUGCGUCAUGAACAUCCUGGAGGACUUCUACAGCCCCUCUGUGCUCUUCCCAGAGCACAGCUACAGUGCCUCGGGCAUCUACCACCAGAUCCAACCCACCUACGACCUCAACGGCUACCUCUCCUACAUCAAGAGCCUCCCACUCAACGACAUGCCUGAGAUCUUCGGCCUGCAUGACAAUGCCAACAUCACCUUCGCCCAGAAUGAGACCUACACCCUGCUUGGCACCAUCGUCCAGCUGCAACCCAAAUCGUCCUCUAUAGGUGGCCAGAGCCGGGAGGAGAUAGUGGAAGAUGUGGCCCAGAUCGUUCUACUCAAGUUGCCUGAGCCCAUCAACUUGCAGCAAGUGAUGAACAAGUACCCCGUGCUGUAUGAGGAGUCAAUGAACACAGUGCUAGUACAGGAGGUCAUACGGUACAACCGGCUGCUGCAAGUGAUCACACAGACGCUGAGAGACCUGCUCAAGGCACUCAAGGGGCUGGUGGUAAUGUCCUCGCAGCUGGAGCUGAUGGCUGUCAGCCUAUACAACAACACUGUGCCCGAGCUCUGGAAUGCCAAGGCCUACCCAUCACUCAAGCCACUGUCCUCAUGGGUCAUGGACCUGCUGCAGCGCGUAGACUUCCUACAGACCUGGAUAGAUGGAGGCAUCCCCACUGUCUUCUGGAUCAGUGGCUUCUUCUUCCCUCAGGCUUUCCUGACAGGCACCCUGCAAAACUAUGCCCGCAAGUCUGUGAUCUCCAUUGACACCAUCUCCUUUGAUUUCAAGGUGAUGCACGAGUCAGUGUCGGAGCUCAAGACAAGGCCCAAAGAUGGGUGCUUCAUCCAUGGACUGUUCCUGGAAGGUGCCCGAUGGGACCCUCUGGCCUUUCAGCUGGCUGAGUCUCGGCCCAAGGAGCUCUACACAGAGAUGGCCAUUAUCUGGCUCCUGCCAACACCCAACCGCAAGGCCCAGGACCAGGCCUUCUACCUGUGCCCCAUCUAUAAGACGCUGACCCGUGCUGGAACACUAUCAACCACAGGCCACUCCACUAACUACGUCAUCGCUGUGGAGAUCCCCACCGACCAGCCCCAGAGACACUGGAUAAAGCGUGGUGUGGCCCUAAUCUGUGCCCUGGACUACUAGACCCAGACAGAAGGGCUGGAGCCAUUAAAGUUGCACUUCCGAAGCAGUCCAGCUGAGCCUUCGCUGCUUACACCAGGCACCUCCUGUAGGACCCACUGCCAUGGAAACAGCGGGGGUGAGGGGCUGCAGUGCCAAGAGAGAAUGUAGUUAGCAGGGGGAAGAGCAGCAGAGGUGGUAGCCUGACCUGCUGGAUGUGUCCAAAUGCAAGAGAGUCCUGUAAGGUCCCAAGGUCCCUCCAGUGACAGCAUACCAGAAAGGACUAGAGGCAACUUUGCCUCCUCCGCUGAGUCCCAACGCCUCUCAAGACUGCAAAGCCAUCAGAUCUGGUGAGAGCCAUGGCCCUCUCCUCCCAAAGUACACCUUGCACACAACUGUUCAAAUUCCAUAGCCCACCCAAAGCCCUCCUCAGCUUGGAUCCUAAAUCCCCAGCCUAGGGCCCCAAGAAUCUCUGGUCCAGAAGGGGAGGCUGGAUGCCUAGCGUGCAUACUUCUUACCUCUCUGGUCACACAAAGGGCACUGGGGACUUGUAGGUCCUCAGUCCCACUGCAGCCUAAUCUACAAACCUCAGGACAGCAAACACAAGAGGGCUCAUUUUUUAGGAGAGUUUUAUUCAUUCAUUGAUCUGAUAUUUACAGGGGCCCGAGGGGUCAGGCUGUGCUCAGUGCAGAGAGGCAGCUACCAUAACUGCCAGCCAACCCCUACCCUGAUCACUAUGUACAGAUAAGGGGCCUUGAAGGUACUUGGGUCACCUUCAAAGCCACCUGCCAGAGGCCAUCAGGCUGUAUUUGGGGCCUGAGCUCCAAAAGCAGUGCUGGUCCCAUUAGCCCUUGGCAUCAGGCCCUCUGGGAACACGGGGGCUCCAGCUGGUUGUCUUGGUCCUGCUGCCCCCCACCCUGAGUGCCUUGCAGAGGCUGAGAAAGCUGGCAUGGCAGGGAGAGCUGAGUGGUGCCAGCUUCCUGCAAGCAGCCCUAUCUCUGCUGUCCCUAAGAGGAGGGAGACACAGUAAUACUGAGGGGCUGGGCAGAGGCUCCUCUCAGCCAAGGGAUAGAGCCCAAGACAGGCCCCUUGCUAGGGCCACAACACUGAAGACAAAAGAGCCCAUGGCCUUGCCACAGAGAGAAGUCUUGACAAACCCAGCUGGAGUCAGGGAGUUUAUAGGCCACCAAACAGUUCAAACAAACACCUCUCUGCUCAGGCCAUGGGACCCCAGCAGGACGUUCAUCCCAUCCCUGCUGGGACACCCUCCUCCUAAUCUAGCCCAGCAGCCGGGUCCCUGAGUUUGGAGCUCUCCCAGGAGGAAUGAAGAGUAAACCUGGCUUCCUCGCAACAGGGACGACUAAUGAUGGGCUAGAGCAGCAGGGCCCACUGCCCACCCAGGCCCCCAGUGGUGACCCUGCAGUAGUGACCCUGGCAUGAUGCAGGGACUUGGGCCCUUCAGGAUGACAACUGUUAGGAGAGAGCACAGAGUCAGAAAGCUGACUAUGUCAACACAGUGGUGCCAAGAUGGGUUAGAGCCCA